AUGGGAGUGCCAGCUUUCUACCGGUGGCUGGCGGACAGGUACCCGUUGACGGUGAUGGACGUGGUGGAGGAGGAACCCGAGGAAGGCCCGGACGGUCGCUUCGUCCCCGUGGAUCUCACGAGGACCAACCCCAACGGCAUGGAAUUUGAUAACCUUUACCUCGACAUGAAUGGGAUUAUACAUCCUUGCUUCCAUCCGGAAGGAAAGGUACGUACAAGCUGUCGUCCCUUUCUUCUGAUUGAUCUUAGGGAUUGGAGUCCUUUGCCUGCAUUUUGACGGGAAGCUCUUUGGGCUGUCUUUGCUGAUUCUUGGGCCUGUUUAGUAGAGAAUUUGGGUGAGCGUAAAUGUUUGUUUCUUUCCCGGUAUAAGAUCAAUUUUGUGCAUACUUGUUCUUAAAUGACCACGUUCUGCCCCUCCGAGUGAACGUUAUGGCCGGGCGGAGAGACUUCGGUUUCAAGUAGAAUGCAAAAACCUUUAGAUAUUGUUUUGAUCCCGAGGAGCUUAUUGUUUCUGCCAAAAGAGUGGAUAGAAUCAGGAGUUUGGACUCUCGGGUAGUAAACACGUACAGUAGUCUGAAACACUCAAUGUCGAGAUUGAUCCUCUUGGCAUUGCGUCCCUUGUUUGUUUCAUUUGAGAAAUAAAUGAAAAUUUAGUUUCGUGCAGCCGCUUGCCUUUAGCGCUGUUCCAUUCUCUUCCCUUUCCCUUGGUAUCCUUAUAUCGCUGAAAGCUGUGAGAAUGAGCUUACUAGGUCUGGAGUUGCUCUUGAGGGUGUUUAACAUGGAAACACUUAUCUCAAAAGUUCCCAUAAUCAUAUCCUGUUAAGAAUACUUAUUGAUAUACUCAAAAAAUAAAUCUAUAGCUUUAUGCUACAUUAAUCUAUUCUGAUAUAGGUUGGCCAUCAAACAUAAUUAUAUGUGAUGAUAUAAACUUGAAAUCUAUAUUUUGAUAGUUUUUUUUUCCGAAUAAGUGAGGAUUUUCUCGAAAGCUCAAUUGCCCAACAUUGCCAACAAGCUAGACAUGCAAUCUUUUUUCUAAAAAUCUUCCUGUGUGUUAUAUAAAUGUUAACAAGCAGGGGAAAGGUUUCAUUUGCUUCUUUAUCUGAUUUAUAUCUUUUACCAUCCUAUCUCUCGUAGAAUUAUCAUCUGCCUUGAGUCCUUCACAUUUUGUUCCUUCUCUAGAAAUUGCUACUUGUAUCUUUGAUCAUGGAAGAUUUAUUGGGCCGUUUUAAAAAUUUUGGUUUCCCAUUCCUCCAAAAAAAAUGGUAGUCAAUUCUUGUUGUAUCCUUUUUUCAGUCUGCUACUUUGAACUUUCUGUCCAUGGUAGGCAGCUCUGGGUGCAUGUUUAGGACAUGUGUUCCAUUACGUCCCAUAUUUAGCUAUGUAGUCCAUCUUAUAUUUGGGUUUCAUUACCUAUUUCUCUUUAUGUGAUGUUUCUCAUAUUGCUAAUUUUUUCUUUUUCAUCUCCUACAAAGAUUAUGUUAUUGUCAACAAACUGUGUCUGAUUAAAUCUAUAGUUUCCGUUUUGUAAGUGUUUAACACCUCAGAGAUCUUGGUUCCCUUGUUGCCUUGGCAAUUCUUCAAGAACUAUUGUUGGGAUGAUAUUUUAGUCACCUUCAAUCAAAGUGCAAUAUAAUGCCCACACGAGGUCAACUUAGAAUCAUGUUUGCUGGGAACAUAUACUUUAAGAAUCACUGGAUUUAUUGGUAUUCACUCGAUGGGGGGAUGCUUCUGAGGGUUUUAAAUGCUGUAUUGAAGAAUUUGGAUUGAUUAAGUUUUAAAAUCGAUGUAAAUAUUUUUUUCUUAUAUCUGAAACCAAAAUAAUUGGUGCAUUCUACAUAUUAUUGACUUCGAUUAGUGUUGGUCCCCACUUUUGGCAAAACGAAUACUAGUGGAAUAGAAGAGUCACUAGUUGGAUCAUUUUUUCAUGAUAUGAUAUCUUUUAGACCAAUUCACAAUAAGUUUGACUUGAAUACCACUAGUUAUGCCACAAAAAUCUAGCUUUGAGGACGAAUUUAUUUAUUUAUUUAUUUUCAAAGAAAGAGAGUACAACACAGGGAAGACCAUUAGUUUCUGGGAUAAUGCAGGAUACCUGCUUGUUAGUAAAUUAUUUACAUUGGAUGAGCACUUUGAUGAUGGGGUAAUGCAGGAUACCUCCUUGUUAGUAAAUUAUUUACAUUGGAUGAGCACUUUGAUGAUAAAAGCCGCUGUAUGUGUGUGUUUUCAUUAUCUAAAUUUUAUUUUCUUCACAUGCAGCCUGCACCUUCCACCUACGAUGAUGUAUUCAAGUCUAUCUUUGACUACAUUGACCAUUUAGUCAGCUUAGUGCGCCCAAGAAAACUUUUGUACAUGGCCAUUGGUGAGCUGCUGAACUUUCUUAUGGUUGAUAUUUCAAUUCAUCUGACCUAUUGUAUGGUGCAUUAUUGCAACUUCUCUAUCUUACUUUUACUUAUUUGUUGGGAGUUCAUGCAGAUGGUGUUGCUCCAAGAGCUAAAAUGAACCAACAGCGCUCUAGGCGUUUCAGAGCUGCAAAGGAUGCGGCCGAAGCGGUGAGUAUUUGGCUAUCAGUAAUUGAGGGUGUGGAUGUUCUGCGAGUUGAUGAUCCAUUUGUCCUUCUUAUUUGUGGAACCAAGUUCUUAUGUGUUGUUUGAACAUGUCAGGAAGCUGAAGAGGAAAGAUUAAGAAAUGAGUUUCAGGCUGAAGGUAGAAGUUUAUCUGCAAAGGAGAAAACUGAGACAUCUGAUUCAAAUGUCAUUACUCCUGGAACCAAGUUCAUGUCUGUACUCUCUGUUGCACUUCAAUACUACGUGCACAAGAGGCUGAAUCGCACUCCUGGAUGGCAGCUCAUGAAGGUCUAAAUCCAGUUGUCUGAAGUAAAUGGCAUCCAUAGUAGUGUUGGAUUUAUUCCUCUCUCAGUGGAAUAAUGCUUUCUGGUUUUAUUUAUUCGAAUAUUGCUUCCAGGAUGCUUCUAUCUCUUUGUAUAUUCAUGGAGCUCUGCGUUGGGUGAUUAUUUGAAGGUUAUCUUGUCGGAUUCAAAUGUCCCUGGUGAAGGCGAACACAAAAUUAUGUCUUACAUUCGGUUACAACGCAAUCUUCCAGGUUUUGAUCCAAAUACGAGACAUUGCUUGUAUGGACUGGUAUGUGCCAUCUUCUCCUGCACUUUUCUGUUCUUUUCCAAUGAGAAGAUAAUUUUAGUAUGCUGUAUAUUCGCUCGAUUUAGUUUGUAUGUUUUCUCGUCCGCAGGAUGCAGAUCUGAUUAUGCUCUCUUUGGCAACCCAUGAGAUCCACUUCUCAAUUUUAAGGGAGGUCAGUGUUUCUAUAAUAAAAAAUAUACAUAAUUGACAUCUCAAGAUGAAGAUUUUUUUUGCGAAUUUAUAGUUAAGUGAUGAUCUGACGUGCCGUGACAAUAUCAAAUUUGAUUUAUAGGUGAUUACCAUGCCAGGUCAGCAAGACAAAUGCUUUGUGUGUGGUCAAAUUGGCCAUUUCGCAGCUGAUUGCAGGGGAACAGCUGCUGACAUAAAUGAGAAGCCAAUAGAUGACACCCCAAUUCAUAAAAAGAAAUACCAGGUAAGUUUUUCAAAGUGUGUGCAGAUUAAUUUCGUGCAAAGCUGGUCUAUAGUGAGGGCUGUUGUUUGUCUUUGGAAAAUAUCUCAGAAUGAUGCACAACAGCGUGUAUAUGGUUAAUCACUGUCAUGAGAGAGUAUUUUGUUAGUCUGUUGUAUUAAUCUUCUUUCAGUAUAUCUCACAUAACUCUUUUACAUUUCUCUUUUUCAAUGAUGACAGUCAAACCAGUUUCUGGUGCAUAAUGUUUUUGAUCUGUGCCGAUUUUCUUCUAUGCUUUAUUGGACUGAACUUUCCUUUUGGUGGAAGUUAUCUCAGUCUGUUUUUUGUAAUGGCAGUUUCUCAACAUCUGGAUCCUACGAGAGUACCUGGAGAACGAUCUUCAAAUACCUGAUCCACCAUUUGACAUAAAUUUUGAGCGAGUUAUUGACGACUUUGUAUUUAUGUGUUUCUUUGUGGGCAAUGACUUUCUUCCUCAUAUGCCUACAUUAGAGAUUCGAGAGGUACACAUCAAGCUAUAAAAUGGUCUAUGCCUUAAGCUCCUCUUCCCAUUUUGUUAGCAUUUCCAUUUUUGUUGCCUAUUUCUUGUUCUAUCUACAUGAUAUCUGUCUUCUACUGGAUGGGCGGUUGUUAUCCUUGAUGAUUGAUCAAAUUUAGAAAUUUUAAAGGAGCAUCUCCAGAUCUCUAAGCUGCACAUUUUCCAUCACCAAUAAGAAUAAUAAAUCAUCUAUGCUGGAAGUGCUAAAUUUGUAAAUGUGCUGAAAUCUUUUUUUCAAUGCUUCAGGGUGCAAUAAAUCUGUUGAUGUUUGUCUAUAAAAGAGAUUUCAGAGCAAUUGGUGGCUACCUGACAGAUGCAGGAGAGGUAGAAUUUUUUAUCAUCUGUGAGCAUUUCAGUUUCAUUGCAAUUCAUAAAAAUUGUUUCGUUGACGUCAACACAUGCCGUACAUUUUAUGAUCAAUUGUAUUAUCUAUGACUAGCUAAUUUGUUGUUAAUUACAGAAGUUUUUAGUGUCACAUUGUCUUUUCUUUGAGGAUGACAUUCUGAUUAUGUUUUGGUGCCUUACAAAGUUCUCCCAACUUUGAGAUGAGAUCUACUUUUAUACUUGGAAUGGAUGGCAAUAUAUAUUCGGGCUUUCCUUAGCUCUUACCCUACUUGGGAAUCGGACAACUGUUCACAUCUUCAUAUGUAUUUUAUGUUUCUAGCUGUAACAUGAUGGUGAAGUGAGUACUCAGAGAAAGGAAACUAAAUGAAUAAAUACUUUUGAUAGUUGAUACGCUGCAUACUGAUUCAUAUUUUUUAUGAAAUUCAAUCUUGAAGUAAAAGCCAAAUUUGAAACAAAUCAACAUAAUGUGUAUCUCAAAAAUCUUUAUAAUCUCAAAAACCGGUUCAAAUAUGUAUUUAGGUUUAUGAAUUUAAAAAGGCUUGUGUUUUUUUGAGAACUUGGGCUAGGCCAGCCUGAUUCAUGCUGUUGUGUUAGAGUAUUUUUUAAGUAUUAAUAAAAGAAAAGAAAAGAAAAGACAAGCGGAAGAGGAGAUGUCGGUGGACAAUGUGGCAGAUGGAGUCACAAGGUGCCACAUGGUAGGAAGAUAGAGUCGAGAAACCAGCUGGUGGGAGAGUUAGGGAUGCAUUCUAUACAUAUUAUAAUUCUAUAUAAAAAAGGAAAAACUGAUUCCCUAAUUACAUGUAUGUUUAUGAAAAGUUAACGGGUACUAAUUGGGCCUAAAUUGUUGUAGUUGAGGCAAUAUAAUAAGAGAUAAUUGUUGAAUCCUCAUGCAGUGGGCAAAGCUUGAUUGGAUUUCUCUACAAUGCUAUUGCGAUUGUAGCGAUUAAGGGUGAAGUAGGGCCGAAAUUUCAACUGAAGGGUCCCCAUAUUAGCUGAUUCAUAGGGUGUCAAUCAGCUUGAUAAAUGUACUGCUGUUGUAAAAAUGUAGUAAAAAUGUACUGCUGCGAGGCGAUAAUGUGUAUGAUGCUCAUCCAAUUUCAAUGAAUGAUGAGUGUGUUUCAUCAAUGUAAACGGAGUAUUUGAUUGAGCUGUAGGAAUAAAAUAGUGAUAAAAGUAGAUAUACUCAUUAUUUUCUCUGCAAGUCAAGUGACCAGAGUAACUAGGAGAAUUUUGGCAGAUUUCAAAAAUAGCAGGAGUAAUGAGAAUUGCAAAUGCAAACGUUUGGGAUUUUGGUACAUGCAACGAUCAAAAUAAUGAGUUUACAUUCGUGUGUAAUGGUCGUGCAUAUGAUGUGAAGAAUGCAGAUUGAAAUGCAAUCUGGGACUUUGUCUUGGGAUAUAAAUUUAAUAUCGGGAGAUAUUCAGUCAAGAACAUAGAAUUAUUUAGUAUUUGCUAGGGGGUGGAUCUAAUGAGUCAGUGAAUUCAUUUUUUUCUCUGUUUAGAAGGAAGGUAGUCUAAUUUGCUGAAAUUGAAAUGCUAUUUAUGAGAGCCUGGUAAGAACCUUGAUCCAGAGAAAGAACAGGAUUCUUUUCAAGAAGAAUAGGAAACAGGGAUUAGGGGGAAAGGGUUUGAGUUGUGGAGACGAAUUGGUUCGACCACAAGCAGGCAGAUGAUCCCUGGAAACUUCUAGGACCAAGUAUCGUUUUCCUCUGCCCCAUAUACAGCUGAGUUCCUUAUUUAUAACCCUCAGCCCCUCCCCUUCUCGCAUGGAUGCUAACAUCCACUUGCAGAGGUUUGACCCAUAGAAGCUUGGAGCUUUUUCCUUCUUGAGUACGUCUUGAUGCGAGAUUUAUCAGAGUCUUCUUCGAACUUCAUAAAUAUGAUAAUGCUUUAUACCUAGGUAGGGCAUAUGGGAAGCUUGAUACCAAAAAAAGGGGAUCCUGAGUAUGAAGAGAAGAAAUGAAGACAUUCAGGAAGAUCUCACAAUAGGGUAAUUGGAAAGUUGAGACAGAACCAAUACAAAUAUUGUAUGCUCUAACAAAUUUUACUAAAAGAAUGGGAAGGUGGAUUUCGAUGAUAUGAACAUAAAAAGGAGGUAUGGUAUGGAAUGAAGAUGAUUAGUAAACUGUUAGAUGAACAUAAAAAUUCACUUCAGAAGAAGGCAAAGAAAAAUUUAAGAGGCUAAUAAGGCAGAUAUUUGAAAAACAUGGGAAAUGCAUUGAGGGGAAGUAAAGAUCUCCAAUGUGUUGGAUGUAUUUAAAGGGAGGAUCAGGCGUUUUUAGUAUCGAAUGAGGAAUCUUGGCAGAAGUGAAAACAUUUCGAAAAGAUAUUCAACUAUGCGAGUUCUUAUAUUUUCAGGUUUUAGGUUUUUGUUGUCAAUUCAAGACAAUAUAAGAUACUGUCGCAUAAAUCAAUAAAUAUUGAAAAGGUACUAAACAUUAGAGAGAAAAUGAAAUUGAACCGGAUGGCGUUCCUAUUAAACUGAAAAACAAGUGGUGUGUGUUUAUGUUUGGACAUUCGCACAAGUUUCCUCAUAAAGUUGGGCACCACCUAUCGUGGUAUUGAAAACCUCUGGCCCAAACGUUUCAUUUUCUUCCACUGUGACAUAUAGCAAAUGAAAUUGCUCUUGAUGUGGUGAAGUUUCACAACAGUAACUUCUGACCAUUUUCUAUACAAACAUUAGUUCCUGUUUUCAUCACAUCAGUAACUUGUGCGAUAUCUUUCCAUAGUUUAGAAACAUUGCUAAGCUGUAAGUUUCACACUCCAGUUACCAUUUUUAUUCAUAAUUCUUCUUCACUUCCCAACGUCUAUAUCCAUUAUCCGUAUAGUUGAAAUCUCCGAUGCUCAUGAAGCCAAGAAUUCCAUUAACUUUAGAUUGCAUAUUCUUCAUUUGUUGAUAUCAUGGGAUCCUCUUCACUGGUCUCCACUUCGACAAUGGAAGAAUCAUCCUUGCAUCUACCAUCUUGGACACGUUUCUUAUUCCUUCAUAAUGGAGGUGGGCAUAUCUAUUACUAUUUCCUGCCAUCUAAUACCCUUAUUCAGCAUGAUGGAAUAGACUUCUUUCACAUGGAAGUUUUUGGCUGACUAUUAAAAAACUGCUUGAAUAUAUGGGGUCUCACUGUGGGUUUUCUUUAACUUUUCAAAGAGCUAAAGGUUCUCACAUUGAUGUCUAAAUAUCAAGGAGCCCUCAGAUCACCGUAAUGCACAGUUCUGCAGACUCAUGCUUCUGCCAGUCCUGAACUGUUUUCUCAUUUCAAAGACUUAGUAUGUUCAAUUGGCUCAGUCGUUUUGUAUUUCCUUUUUCUAGGUGAUUUUGGAAAGAGUCGAAUAUUUUAUACAGUCAAUUGCCAUCCAUGAAGAUCAGAUUUUUCGGAAGCGUACUCGGAUUCAACAGGUAAUUUGUCUCCAAAAUGAGAUUUAUUUUACUAGCCUUUCAGCCAUGUUAUGGUCAUUUCUUCUCGCAUGAUCUUCUCUGGGCAUGUUUGGGCUUCGAAUGAAAACCUGUUCAGAAGUGCGUGAAGAAAAAAAUGCAUGUUUUUUCUCUUGUGCUCUAGCUAUCUUUCUAACAUAACUUUCGCUCUAUUUCAGGCUGCUGAGAACAGGGAAAAUUCUGGGGGAUCUCUGAUUUCAACAUUAAACAAGGUUUUUUUUCCUUCUCCUAUAGCUAACAUGAUGUUACGCUCGAGGGAAAACAGGAACAGUUAACCCUUGAAAAAAUAUUUUUUAAAAAGGCCUCUUCAUCAAGUAUUGAACCGGUGAUUGAUGCUAUUGAUUUUCAAGUUGUCACUUUCGUCAGGAAGUGCUAUUAGACAAAAAAAAUAAUGGCAAAAGAGGUGCCCAACUUUGGGAAAAUAAUUAAUGGCAAAAGCUCAAACAUUGAAAGAUGAGAAUUUUUCUGAGGGGUUUUGUUUGAUUUUGGGGAAAGUGGUUAAUAAAACGGUAGUAUACUGUCAAAGUGUCAUUGUAAAAUAAUCUGUAUCUAUUCUCUUUAUUAAAAUAUUUUUCAUAUACCCUUCAAAUCGAGGAAAAUAGAUUUUACAGUUUUUUACGAUGUUUCGGGUGAGUUGGUAUUUUUCCUUGACAACAAUUUGUCAACUUGAUCUAAUCCAAAUUGGAGCAUUAAGAUCAACAUUUCCUAAACUGUAUGCAUUGUUUAUUUUCUACGUUAACAUCAGGUUCCAUACAUUGUUGAACAAAAGGAAAUUCUCCUAUUCGUGUAAGAAAUGGGAGUAGAAAUAAAAGUUAUUAUAAAGUAAUGAGCAUUCUGAUACCUUUUUUUUUCAGGUUUAGAUCAAUAAAACUCAAACUGUGACUUCCUCUGACUAGUGCGUUACAACAAGAAAGGACAGCCUAGGCGAUCCUGAUAUGUCACCACUCUUAUUCAAUAUAGAGUCAAAGAGGGAGUUCAGUCAGCGUUGCAGCUGCCGCACAACUGCAAUGCUAACUUCACCUGGUGAUUAUUUGAGGGAUUAUUAAUAUAAGAUGUCCGUUGACAAACAGAGCAUUUAGAAAGAUGUAUGGGACUAGAUUGAUCCAGAAUUGGUUUUUGAUUCUUCUUAGGUUGGGAGGAGUUGAGAAGCAGGAGGUAGAACGAGCAGGCUUGGUGGUGAUAAGUUGGUGGAGGAAGAUGAGAUAGGAUUCUUAGGAUUCCAUGGGGAACGUUCCAUUAACAUUAACCCGUCUCUGUAUGGUAUCAUGCUAUAAGAAACGAUGGUAUCCUGGUUCUUUGAAUUGACCUCCGCCUAUAACCUCUACUUUGUUUUCCAGUGACAGGAUGUGUUUCACCACCGGGUGGUGAAAUCCUUUUAUCAAUGAUCACUCUAUCUGGCUACUCGGGUGACUGCAGAGAGACAAAAAGAAACUAGGAACUGGGUUAAGGGGAUGAAUUAUUCUGUGCAUGAGGGCAUAGGAAGGGGCAAGUUAUAAUGUUGAAUGAGGAUAUAAUGGAGGAAGUGAGUGGCUCUGGGUUGUUCAGUAUCUCUGUUACAUUCGUGAUGUAGAAAAAAACUUUACAAACAUUCUUCUAUGACUCCAAUAAAGCCCAGUGGCUCAUAAAAUCUCUUCAUUGCUACUAGAGAAAUCAAGCACGAUGAAAAUGAUGCUUUUCUGAGAGCCUUAUGUCCACAUGCGAUCUCCUAGCUCUCUAUCUGGAUCACGUGAACGCGUCAUGCACUGUGUGUGAAGGGGGAAGACAUGGAACCCUGUUACUCGGGUCUCUUUUCUUGUCAGAUCUGACAGAGGAACUUAAUGGCAUUCAUCUUUAAUUGAUGUGUUCCUGUUACCAUGGAGGAGAUAUGAUUGGGAAUGGAGCCGGACACUCUGAGUUGAUCAUUAAAUAUGAUGGUGGAUCCAUAAUAUUUCGCACCUGGAAUCGGCCAGACUCUUUUUUUCCUUUUUAGAGAGCUGUGUCCCACUCGUUUACUUUAUGUUCCGUUAUCAGCUUUUUGUACUGAAAAAAUGUUUGAUACUUUCAACUGUCACCAACUUCCAACUGUUACAAACCGAAGAUGGAAAUUGAACUUUUUUGGGCAGUGAAUUAGAUACAAUGGGCUGAUAUAUAUGAGAUCGAUGAGUUAAGAAGUCACUUCAAACUCUCAUUAUACUUUCUAAUCUUCUUUUGAUAGGUUUCUAUUUUGUAGUUUCUUCAGUAGAGGAAAAUUCCAUUAGUUGGUGGACUCAUUAGUCCCUGAGAAGAUUAUAUGAAAAUUCAUGGCUCUUACGUGAAGUCAUCUGGGAGUCAGUAGAAUGAAAGGUCAGAAAGUAGUCAACCCAAAAUCAAAUUCUUGGGCCGGAGGAACCUGAGAAGAUAGAGGAUUAAGGGGUAGUCUUGGGUGAGAAAGACAUGAGCUAGUAAAGGUCUAGGAAUAGCACCGAAAUUUACUUUUUGAAAAUUGCAAAGUUUUUUUUUUUAAAUUUAGGAGAUUGGUAACUAUCUCUUCGAAACUUAAUACGGGCCGAACCUUCCUUUAUAAUUUCUUUCCCUGUUCACACCGCAGUGAUAACGCGACCUUAGAAAAUGAGGGUAAUACUGUCAGGAAUUGGCUCAUUUGGUUUGACCUUGACUAAAUCAGAAUCAGCUGGUCGUAAUAAUCAUGAAAAUAACUAGAUGAUCAAGAAAAUGUCAAAAUUGUGUUCCACGCUAGCUAAAUAGAAUGUUUGUGGGCAUUUAUAAGAAAUGAGUGUUAUCAUCAUCACAAUUAGACAGUCUUGAAAUAUGUAGAUGAAUAUUUGAUUUCUAGGCUUAUGUAACCCUUCCAUUUUAUUUUCUUGGAGAUGUGAUUAAUAAUUACUAGAAUGGCUUCUAGAUCAAGUCGACUCUUCAAUAACCACUCCAUGGUGAAAGGGGCAUGUGCUAUCUCUUCCUCUGGGAUAUAAUGUGAGGCCUACAAUCGAAAGGGGAAAAAACAUAUUUCGGUGCAUCGAUCAACAGAAUGUCUGUAAUGAUAUAGACUUGUCAUUUUGGUUCCUAAUUUUGGUUUCAAUCCUCAUUAGAGACCAACUAAGAAAGACGUUUCAAUGCAUCAACCGUUGCUUCUCUCUCCUGCGACUUCCUCUUCUCAGUUCUAGACAUGAACUACCAUUGCGGGGUCUUAAAAUUUCGGUGCUGGACAGGGCCAUCAAAAAUUGCAUAGGAACGUGUAACUGUUGUGAAUGGUCAAUGCUUGAGGUGAUACCAGCACAUUUAUGCUACUAACUUUGUUCUGGAAACCCUGAUCAGAACUCCAAAACGUUGGCUACUGUUGGAUGUAAUUGACGAGUUGAACUUUAUUUCACUUUUUCAGUAUCACCUGGUGCAUAUAUGCUAUGUUUCCUCUAAAAGCGAUCAUGCUUUGUUGUUAAACUGAUGUGGUCCUCUAGACGUUCAUAGUACAAUAGAAAGGAGCACAUGCGACAGAAGCAUACUACAAAACUGCCAAGUUAAUAUUGUGAAGAGAUAUCAGAUCUUUAUCAGAGUAUAAUCCCCUAUAAGUUCGUGCAUAAAUUUAAAAUAACCUGAAGAGAUGGGUUUUCAUCCUGCAGGUUGAAAACUAUUGUAGAACAUUUAAGGCUGGUUUGGGGAUAAAAAGUAACCUAGUCGUGAGUAGACAUAAGAAAUGGUAAUUAUAAUAGAUCCGGACUUGUUCCUAUUUUCCUGUGCUUCAUUUGGCUUCCAGUGGACCACAACAGAGCCGCAAGGAUUACUGAUCGAAUCUUCUUUCGUCCUUUAGUGGGCUGACUCAUUAGUUACACUUAAUCAUGUGUCAUCAUCUCUGAAUAGCAGUUCUGCAUCUUAUUUCUUGUUUCAGUAAUUGUGACUGUAUUUUGCAGGUGAAAUUAGGGGAACCAGGCUACAAAGAAUGUUAUUAUACUGAGAAGUUUGACAAAAAGGAUGAGAAGAUUGAGGAUAUCCGUCAGGAUGUUGUAUGUCUUGCUACUUUACUCAGUUUAUGCCUAAAAAUAAAUUUGAAAAUUUGUAGUAUAUAAAAUAUGUUGCAGGCUGUUUCAUUGAAUUCGUUUCUACUUUUUUUUAAUCGAAAAAUGCUUUUUCUUUUCAUUUAUUGAAGCUUUAAGUCAGCUCCAGAUAGUUGGACUGGAGACAGGCAGCAUACUGUUAUAUUUGUUUAUUGAAGAAAACUUUAUCACGGGGAAUUGAUAGAUCAUUUUUUUGGUAGACCUGAAAUAAGGUAUUUCUUUUUCACUGGUAGACCUAAGUUUUGAUGGAAUCCUUCCUCUGGCCUUUUCCGACACUGGAGUGGAAAUUAUGAUCCCACUGUCGUAGAAGACUUUAUAGACUUUACUCAUACAUUUCUCAUUUCUUUCACAAGACCACAGUCUCUGUAGUCCGUUAACCCAGACCAGGUGUGAUCCAAUGAGUUAAACUAAUCACUAUUUGGACAUUGUUUUGAUUUGUUAUCUCACCUACCUAGCCAUUCAUUGGAAUGAGAGCUAUCUCAUCCUACAUUACAUCAGCAUCUGAACCGAAAUCACUUGUAAUUCCUAUAUAGAUCCAUUUUCCUCGUCACUGAUAAUUUUUAACCUUUUUGGAAAGUUGCAACUGUUAUUCCAGGCUCGAUUGUAAUAAUUGGAUCUCUCCAGCUCUUUAUAAGACUAGAGAAAUGGUCAUAUUCUGCGAAGUUAUUGUGGAAUUCUGAUCAUUUUAAUUAAGCUUGAUAUAGUGUUUACUUAUCAUUAUCCUUGAAAAUAUUCAAUGAAAGAUUGCUGUGCAAUCAUGGAUCAUUGAUCUUAUCACCAAGUUGGGUUUUAGUCACCGUUGAUCGCCGAUCUUAUCUGGCUGUUACAUCCAGAUAUAUGUGAUGCAUUUGUUUUUGCAUCCCUUCCCAAGGUUUGGUACUAUCUGUGUGCAGAUGCUAAGAUGCAUCAAAAUACCUUUGAUUCGAUCUGAAAUGAUGCAAUAUAUAUAUAUAUAUAUAUUCAUUGCCUUAGUAGUACUGAUACUUUGCUAGUUUAUUUAACAUUUCUUUGGUGUAAUCAAACCUUUUGUUCACGUAGGAGGAUUCAUGUCAUAGUUCUGUCUGGUUGAAAAUAUGACAUUUUUGCUUUAACUAAGAUUUUGAUAUUGAGGUGAUUGUUGCGAUUUAAAUUGUGUGCAAGGUUAUACCUAUUUUGUAGAAGGCUACGAAUGUACUUGAAGAGAGAAGAAAAAAAGAAUAAGAGGAAUACGAGGCACGGAAGUGAAUAAUACUGGGAAAAUUAUGUCGUUUAUUAGGGUAAAAAAGCAUAACGAAGGUAACCGUCGCCUAAAAAGGCCAGAAGACUAAUAUUCCCUUGCAAAUAAAAAGCAGCUUCUUGCUAUUAUACUCUUCCUCAAGCUGAGGGUUGAUGUCUGUCGCACUCAACUUGCCUAGGGUAGAAACAAAUUGGGCUAUUGUCACCCUUUUUGUAAACAUACCACUGACCUCAUACACUAAAUAUGUAUAAGGUUAACAUUUGUUCCCCAUAAUCCAAUAUUUCUCCGGUAUGAUGAUGACCGAUCUUUGUGUUCGGUCUUGUCAUGUUGUGCAUAUUGUCUGCAAAUUCCUUUCUUCCUUACUAUUACGAGAGUUUUUAGUUGAAGAUUAAUGUUCUAAGCUAGGAUAUCUUGACUAAUCUGUUCGCUAAAGGUCUAUACUUAGUUUUUGUACUCAAUAUGGCCUUCAAUCACAAAAUGAUUACGUUUUAGUGUAUAGAAGUGGUUUUCUAGGACGCUAUUUCAAUCAGCCAAGAGUAUGAUUAACAGCUUUUAUGUGAGUUGGCUAUAUUUUAGUGAGCAGCAGUUGCAUAUUCUGAUUGACUAUACUCGCAAGAAAAUUUUGUUUUCAUCUUGGGAAAUUCAGACGCUGUAAUUUUCUAACCUGCUGUUGAUAUGUUCCCUUGAAUAAAUCGCAAAAUUCAUCACCACUAUUAUUAGUGAAACUACAAUUUAUCUCAAUGGGUGUGGCGACUAGAUUGCACCCUAAUUUCUUUGUUUACUACAGAAGAUGUACUGCAUACGUCCACUGACAAUUAUGAAACCUCUUUUGUAAUCUAGCAACUCCGCUGUGAAGAAUGCAUAUUAGCUUGCUUCAUAUCCCGUGCAUCAUCUAUGAAAAGGAUUAUAAUUUGUAGUUGAAUUGAUACCGUUUAAUGAUCCCACAUUAUUGUUUAUACAGAUUCUUCUGAAUGAUUUGCCAUUUUUUUGUCAUAAACCCUGCAAUGCUUCACCUUUUGGAUGAUAUUAUAUUGCAUUUUCUCCAUAAGUUUAAUGGGUAUAUAACUUUGUCUCAACAGGUAUUGAAAUAUGUGGAAGGCCUUUGCUGGGUCAUGCGGUAUUACUACCAGGGUGUCUGUUCAUGGCUAUGGUCAGUCAAGAGUUUUUUCAUUAACAUCUACUCAUUUGUACGUUGGCCUGUAUAAUAAAUUAUAGCACUCGAAAAUUCGAACCACGUAGGAGGGAUAUUAUGAUAAAUACUCACGAAAUAAUAGUAGUUUCAGAAUGCAUUUCUAUUUGCUGGUUCUCCAGAUCCUAUCAGAUCACGUGGGUUUCUAACAUAUUUUUUUUUAUUAUUCUUAGGUAUUAUCCAUAUCAUUAUGCCCCUUUUGCUUCUGAUCUGAAAGGUUUGGCUGAUAUGGAAGUUACUUUUUUCCUAGGACAGCCAUUUAAGCCAUUUGAUCAGCUAAUGGGAACAUUACCCGCUGCCAGGUUGUUUUACCAUUGGUUAAUGUUGCUUCCAAGAGUGAGAGAUGCGAGUAUCCUGCAUUGGCAGAUAGCUUUUUCCAUCCUGACAACCUGGAAACUAUUUCAUGCAGUUCAAGUGCAUUACCAGUUCAUUACAGAACUUUGAUGACUGACCCGAAAUCACCGAUAAUAGCUUUUUAUCCGGAAGGUAAUUUUGAUCUUUCAAUCUAGGAACUUUCCCUGUUUUUUUCUCAAUAUAAGCCAUCAUUUUCUUGUUGUCUGAACGUUUUCGCCAUCUUCUAUGUAGACUUUCAGAUAGACAUGAAUGGCAAACGAUUUGCAUGGCAGGUAACUAAUGUCUAAAUUCUAAGGAUAUUUUGCCUAUUUUCGUAAUGAUGUCGAAUUUUCAACAUGACUCUGAGUAUGUUUCCUGUUUAUAGGGUGUUGCUAAGCUUCCAUUCAUUGAUGAAAGACGAUUGCUUUCUGAAACGAAGAAGCUUGAGGAAACAUUAACGGUCUGCUUAAUUAUUUUUGUUGUCUUUUCUAACGAUGUGCUUUCUGUGUACUCCUAAUUGUCAAGCUUUCUUCAUUACCUUUUGUCUUCUGUCUUCUCUAGGUAGAAGAAAGGAUCCGAAAUAGCAUGAUGUUUGAUAUACUUUACGUGUCUGAGAACCAUCCUUUAGCUGCUCAGAUCAUCUCACUAUACAAUUAUCAGUCCGCCAACCUUCUUGAUCAACUUCAUCCUUCAUAUUUUCCAAUUGAUACCAAUCUCAGGUUUGCAUGGCACGCUUGGUAUGAUCCACCCAAUUUUCUCUUCUUUUAAACCAUCGUUUUGACUCUCUUGCUGUUUGUAGCGGCGGAAUGAACGGCUUUCUUUGGCUCUCUGAGAGGAAUGAGCUAAGAAAGGUCGUCUCCUCCCCUGUUAACGGGUUGAGAAGCCUUGAAAACAAUUAUGCUUGGUGAGUCUGCGGUGGGCCUUGUCUCAAUUGGGUCAAAUCUUCAGAUGACUUCAUAUUUUUUUUCUCUUCUUCUGCUCAGGAACGCUACAUUUAUCAAUCCCAAGGAGCACCCUCACAUCCCGGAACCACCUGAAGGUGUGAUUGUGCCACCGAAGGUAAUCUUCUGAAGAACCUCCCCAAUUUUGAAAUCUAUAACCGGUUGAUAAGGACUUAAAAGUUAAUGAUGCUUUUGUUCAUAUUUUGGCCUGCAUAUUGAAUUAUACACAUAUCAAGCAUAAUCAGAUUUUUUUCCAAAUCUGCUAAUUCUAGCGACGUGAUGCCUAUUUAAAUGAUCGCAUUCUGACCCAUAUGCGGCCACUUUGCCAUUUUCACUGGACUAAGGUUUCCUGUGCAGUAGAUUUGAAUAAUCUUAACUGCAUAAUAGUUGGAAUGGGUAGAAUACAUUGCUCAUGUGGGGCUUGGCCAUGGAAUGUUUAUGUAAGGAUCAGAUAGUAUGGGAUUCUGUUGAUUUUCCCAAGAGUGGUGAAGGAGAUGAUAGAUAAACCGAGGAGGUCUCUGCUCUGUUUGUUACUCUCCCCGAUGCAUUCUUUUUAAGCCAAAUUUUUUUUUUUGUAAUUCUCUGCGUGUGGGUUAAAUGUCUUCUAGAUGCCAUUUCUGGGCUGAUCCCACACAAGAUAGAAGUGUGGGUCGACUCUAAAUAUUUCUUGGACCUUUGCCGAGCUGGUGUAUGGGAUCAACGGUAAAUAAUUUCAUUGAUAAAAAAACUUGUGGGAAAUAAGAAUGUUUUCUUCUAUGGAAAUAUAUCCAAUUGAAGAAAUGAGUACACAGUAAUGCAUAAUAAUGCUAAUUAACAGUAUUACCUGAAUGAUAUCUUCGAGGUAAUAUUACUUUUUCUAUUUGAACAGAAUUUCGAUGUUCAACUGUUUUGAUUACAAACUUGGUUGUUUUUUUUUUGGUUUGGUGUUGAAGAAAUCAUUAAUAUUUUCAGAAGAAGAAUCUUAUUAUAGUUUCAUUGAAAUUGAUUGAUUUAUUUUAGUAGUCCUUUAAAUCAACCUUUGAGGACACGCUUCACCUGUCUAAUGCCAUAUUUAGAUUCAAUAACAAAAUUUUGUCCCGUGAAUCAAGCGUUAUUUAUUUUAUUAUUUCUUGCAUAAUCGAUGAAAAUAUUUUCUAUGCCAUGGAGAUUUAAUACGACACCAUUUUAAUGAUAUUAUUAUUUAUAGAUGUCCAUACGACUUGCUCAAUCAACAUGUGCUUGAUGUGGAAUGGUUAUCUGAACUAUUCAAUAUCUUCUCCAUGGAUGAUUAGGGAAACCCUGAGAAAAUUCUCAACUGCAUCACAUCCUUGUGCCUUUUCUGCUGCUCAGCCAUUCCAAUGAUGGCAUCUCUCUUGUUAUUUUCUUUUUACAGAUAUUGAGACCACAUGAUAUCAAGCCCUUCCCUGUUCUAUGGCAUGAAGACAAUAGCGGCCGACGGCAUCAACCUAGAGAAAGGUGUCACUUUCAGCAGCACUCUACAGCGCAUCUUUUCUUCAUGACAUCUCAUUUCUCUCUCUCUACUCUCUCUCUAAUCUCUUGACUGUGGCUGAUGGGAUCGACGUGGCAACCAAAUCGGUCACUUCCGAUACCCAAAUUCCCAAUUCGGUCCUGUUGUGACCGAAUCACCACCACUCAAUCCCAACCCAAUGUUCUCCCACAGAUGCAUAAUCCCUUCGUAGCUAAUCUCUCUGGUUUUUCCAGGGCACAAGUGUCGGGGGCCAUCUCGGGCCAGCUCCUUGGUGACGCAGCGCACCGCCUGAUCAAGAACACUCUGCAAUUCAAGCCCAACAGCAGCCCCGGGCUUCUCAACUACCCUCACAGGAACGGGCCGGCAUUGGUGAAGGCCCGGCCCAGUGGGUCAUCUGGCGUUGACGGCCUCUUCGGCCAGGAGAGAAGCCACUUCCAGCACUCGAACACCUGGGGAGCCCCAAAUUUCAGGGCGGUGGCACCGCCGGUCGCCAUGCAGAGCAACAGGAUGGUGGAACGGUACAGUGGCCACGACUUCUAUGCGGGAGGUGAAAUGUCCAGUUUGGCCAUUGCAGAACAAAGAGGGCCGAGGCCUCAAUCUCCGCCGCUGCAAGUACAGAGUAAUGUUGGGUUCUGGCCAAACCAGCCACCUGUCCAGAGUGCCGGGCUGCCGCCGCCACGGCCUCCGGUGAAUUGGAUCGGGCAGCAGCCUGGUGGGCAUCCUGUGGGAAUGAGCUUCAGUAGGUCAGAAAUUGCCAAUUAUGGUGUUUAUGCCAGGCAGCCUCAGAUGCAGCAGGAGCAGCAGCAGCAGGAGUUCAGGAAGGUUUAUCAGCCCAAGCUGCGGCCUCCUCAGAGACAAGAGGAUUACAGUCAGUUCCAGUGA